AUGAAGAGGCUCAACAGGAACACCAACGAUCCACCACAGCCGUCGGAUCGUGAGAAUGACACCCUUUCCCGGGCUCCAGACGUGAAAUGUGGGAUGAACCCAAUCAAACUGAUGGGGAUUUUCGUUUUUUGUUUGAUGGGUCUUUCUGUUCUCUUCUCAAUAUCGGUGAUUCUCAGAGACCCAUCUUCUUCGGAUAGCCUUUGGGCAGUUGCUGAAGCUAGGGUUCUUGAAGUGAAGCCUCAAAAAGGAACUUUCGUUGCUUUCAAGCGUGUGAUGAUUAUUCAUCCAAUCAACAGUACUACUCUUUACUUCUUGGACUUCUUGCCUUCACUAAUCUCUUUAUUGUCUUCUAUUUUAUUCCACUGGCCCUUCAUAGGUUUAGAAGAAGAUGAUUUUCCUCAGCCCGUUGAGGUGCCUAAAGAUAAACUACUUGGUGGCCUUCUUCCUGCUGGGUUUGACGAGAGGUCUUGUCUCAGUAGGUAUCAGUCAGUUUUGUAUCGUAAAGAACUACCACACAAACCUUCUUCUUACCUCAUAUCGAAGUUAAGAAGCUACGAAGUCCUUCAUAAACGAUGUGGACCCCAUACAGAAUCUUACAAUAAAACCUUGGAACAACUCCAGUCUGGCCAACGUGCCAGUCCCUCAGAUUGUAACUAUUUGGUCUGGAUGUCCUUUAGUGGUUUAGGAAACAGGAUACUGACUUUAGCUUCAGCAUUUCUUUAUGCUGUCCUUACAAAUCGAGUUCUGCUUGUUGAACGUGGAGUUGACAUGCCCGAUCUCUUCUGUGAACCAUUUUUGGGUGUUUCCUGGUUACUGCCCUCAGACUUCCCCAUCACUGAUCAGUUUAACAGCUUUGAUCAGAAAUCUCUGCAUUGUUAUGGGAACAUGCUGAAGAAGAACAUUGUAGGUAAUUCAACUGGGUUUGCGCCACUGCCUUUUGUCUAUCUCCAUCUCGUCCAUGAUUAUGAUGAUCAAGAUAAGCUUUUCUUCUGUGAUCAAGAUCAAUCUUAUUUUCAGAAAAUUCCUUGGUUGAUUAUGAAAUCAGAUAACUACUUUAUUCCAUCACUUUUCCUGAUCCCAUCUUUUGAGCAAGAACUCAAUAAUCUCUUCCCAGAAAAAGAAACGGUUUUCUACUUCUUGGGCAGGUAUCUCCUCCACCCAACCAAUCCUGUUUGGGGGCUUGUUACCAGGUACUAUGAAGCUUAUUUAGCUAAAGCAGAUGAAAUAUUAGGAAUCCAGAUCAGAGUCUUUGAUACAGAACCUGGUCCUUUCCAACAUGUGUUAGAUCAGAUUUUAGCUUGUACCAUGAAGGAGAAUCUGCUACCAAAAAUCAACCAGAAUGAACCUAUCAUCGACCCAUCUGGAAAUCAGAAGACUAAAGCUGUGCUGAUGACGUCUUUAAGCUCUGGGUACUUUGAGAAAUUAAGGGACCUUUACUGGGAACAUCCAACCGUGACAGGGGAGGUAAUUGGAGUUUACCAGCCAAGUCAUGAAGGGUAUCAACAAACUGAGAAGCAAAUGCACAACAGGAAGGCAUGGGCAGAAAUGUAUCUAUUGAGCUUGACUGAUAAGUUGGUUACCAGUUCAUGGUCAACUUUUGGGUAUGUGGCUCAGGGUCUUGGAGGAUUGAAACCAUGGAUUCUUUACAAGCCUGAAAAUCGGACAGCACCCAACCCACCUUGUCGCCGAGCCAUGUCAAUGGAGCCUUGUUUCCAUGCCCCUCCGUUUUAUGACUGCAAAAGGAAAGCAGGGGUUGAUACUGGUGAGCUUGUUCCUCAUGUGAGGCAUUGCGAGGACAUGAGUUGGGGUCUCAAACUCAUUGACCACGAGAAUGAAUUAUAA